AAAAAAAACCAAAAAAAAACCAAAAAAAACAAAAAAACAAAACAAAACAAAACAAAACAAUUUCUGAAUGAAGAUUUCUAGUUUGGAAAUGGAAUAAAUACUCUAAGAAACCUAUCAGAAACAUGGAAACUGAAGUGCUUAUUGCUAAAGGAAGAGUGUCAAUAACAAAGAGUGGAGAUGAUCAGAUAGUAACCCAGAGACCAAGGAAAAGUGGACAACAUAGAUUACUUUCUUUGGAAUAUAUCAUUAUAAGGACUCAUGCUUCACCCCCAAAAUCCAAGUAACUCACCAUUGCUAAGCUACUUGAGAAGAAACAGUACAAUUAAAGACAAUGGUAAUGUAGUGUGGACAAAUAAAAUUAGUGGAAUAGUUUUAAAUCAUAGUCAUUUAAUUAAAAAGACACGGAAAAGUGUCUAUUUUUAAUUAAAUGACUACGAUUCAAGGAAAAGAGAGUUUCUUGCUUCUUUACCAUACUUCUAUUUCAUAAGGACAACCAAUCUCCUUGCUGUCUAUCAGUUAUUUGGGGAAGAAGAUUAAAAGACAGAAGAAAGCAAUGCAUAGGAUAAAACUAAAAGCUGUGAGAUUUAUAACUUUUAAAAGUUGGAAGAAAAGGAAAUAGAGUGAAAUAACAAUACAUAUCAAGCUGAUAUUUCAAGAAUUUUCAUAUUACACUUUCUGUCACAACCAACACUGUCAUUUGUAUCACUUUCUACAUAUUACUUUAUUUGGUCUUCAAUUUUACUGAGGUACGCAGGGAAGAUGUUAUUAUGGCCACUGUAUGAAAAUGGAAACUAAAAGCACGACGACGCCAAUAAACAUCUUCAGCAAGAUACCUCUGGCUUUGAGGAAUAAAAAUCACCUGAUUUGGAUGGAUAAAGUUCAAGUUCAAAGAAAUGACAGCGAGAACGAAGAUACAGUACAUUUUAAAAAUGUUAAAAUCCUUAUAACAUGGGACGAAUGAGUAUCUGUAUGAGGACACAGUAGACUUGUCUUCUAGCUGGCUCUAUAUUUGGAACUGAUUUAGUAAUCACUAGUGCAGUUCUGCAGCCGAGGCGCGGGGUGCAGCUGUUGGCUAGUACUGAACAAAGUAUCCAGCUCCUCCUGAAGCAAAGGAAUCGCCUGCGGACCGCGGAAUCCCGCGAACUGUGCACUCUCUGAGGUUUUCUGCGGCAGAAAUAUCUAUCCGAGAAUCUGCUUGCCAAGACGUGUCCAAGGAGUAGCUCCUGCUCAGAAAUUCUUGGGAUCAUUUAGCGAUCGCAGCUCUUCGGGAUCAGAAAGGCAAAGGCGCAGCGAGUGGGAUGGGAAACCGCUUGGGGUCGAAGCGCCAGGCUGGGCGGAGGCGAAUUUUGUUUCUCUUCCUGCUGUCUUUGUUCCGCCUGGCGCUUUCGGAGCAAGUCCGCUACGCUAUUCCAGAGGAGCUGGCCAGGGGCUCGCUGGUGGGGAACCUCGCCAAGGAUCUGGGGCUUGGCGUGCGAGAUUUGUGUACACGGAACCUGCGGAUUAGUGCAGAGAAGAAAUUCUUCACAGUGAGCACCGAGAACGUAGACUUACUUGUGAGCGAUCGUAUAGACCGAGAGCAGAUUUGUGGCAGGAAGUCGAUGUGUGUUCUGGAAUUCGAAAUGGUCGCUGAAAAGCCUUUAAUUUUUCAUAUAACCGUGGAGAUUCAAGUCAACGACAACCCACCGACCUUUAGCCGAAAUGUCACUGAGCCGGAAAUCAGUGAACUGGCCCUAACUGGAGCCACCUUUGCCCUGGAAUCUGCACAAGAUUCAGAUGUAGGUGUCAAUUCCCUGCAGCAAUACUACCUCAACCCUGACCCUCAUUUCUCUUUGAUCUGGAAGGAGAACCCAGACGGUAGUAGGUACCCAGAACUGGUAGUGCAGGCUCCCCUGGACAGAGAAGAGCAGUCCUGCCACCACCUGGUCCUCAUGGCUGUGGAUGGGGGUGAGCCAGCCAGAAGCUGCACUACGCAGAUCAGGGUAGUUGUGGCAGAUGCAAAUGAUAACCCCCCAGUGUUCACCCAGGACAUGUACAGGGUCAGUGUUCAAGAGAACCUACCCCUGGGUUCCUCUGUGCUAAGAGUGAUGGCCACUGACUUGGAUGAGGGCAUCAAUGCUGAGAUCACCUACGCUUUUAUCAAUAUUGGUAAGGCAGUGAGACAACUGUUCAAGCUGGACAGUGAAACAGUGGAACUCACCACUGGUGGAGGACUGGACUUUGAAGAGAGAGGGAGCUACACAACUGGGGUGGAAGCAAAGGAUGGUGGACGUCAAACUGCGCAUUGCAAACUACAAAUAGGUAUUUUGGAUGAAAAUGACAAUGCUCCCGAGAUAACCCUGGAUUCUGAAUCUAAAUAUAUACAAGAAGAUGCUGAGCUGGGGGCUGUGGUUGCCUUGAUCAAAACACAUGAUCUAGGUUCUGGAUUUAAUGGGGAAAACUUAUGCCAACUAAAAGGAAAUUUCCCAUUUAAAAUAGUUCAAGAUACAAAAAACACAUACAUGCUGGUGACAGAUAGAGCCUUAGAUCGAGAGAAGACUCCAGAAUACAAUGUCACUAUCACAGCUACUGACAAGGGCAAGCCGCCCCUCUCCUCUAAAAGAAGUGUCACGUUGAAAGUCGCUGAUGUCAACGACAACGCUCCGGUUUUCCACCAGGCCUGCUACGUGGUCCACGUGGCCGAAAACAACCUGCCCGGCGCCUCCAACGCCCAAGUUAGCGCUUCAGAUCCAGACUUGGGGCCCAACAGCCACGUCUCCUACUCCAUCGUGGCCAGCGACCUGGAGCCGCGCGCGCUGUCGUCCUACGUGUCCGUGAGCGCACAGAGCGACGUGGUGUUCGCGCAGCGCCCCUUCGACCACGAGCAGCUGCGCGCCUUCGAGCUGACGCUGCAGGCCCGCGACCACGGCUCGCCCGCACUCAGCGCCAACGUGAGCCUGCGCGUGCUGGUGGGCGACCGCAACGACAACGCGCCCAGGGUGCUGUACCCGGCGCUGGGGCCCGACGGCUCGGCGCUCUUCGACACGGUGCCGCGCGCCGCGCAGCCCGGCUACCUGGUCACCAAGGUGGUGGCGGUGGACGCCGACUCUGGACACAACGCCUGGCUGUCCUACCACGUGCUGCAGGCCAGCGAGCCCGGACUCUUCAGCGUGGGGCUGCGCACGGGCGAGGUGCGCACGGCGCGGGCCCUGGGCGACAGGGACGCGGCCCGCCAGCGCCUGCUGGUUGCUGUGCGUGAUGGGGGACAGCCGCCCCUCUCGGCCACCGCCACGCUGCUCCCGGUUUUCGCGGACAGUCUGCAGGAGGCGCUGCCGGACCCCAGUGACCACUCUGAGCCCACUGACCCCCAAGCUGAGCUGCAGUUUUACCUGGUGGUAGCCUUGGCCUUGAUCUCAGUGCUCUUCCUCCUGGCAGUGAUUCUGGCGGUUGCCCUGAGUUUGCGACGCUCCUCCAGCCCUGCCACCUGGAGUUGCUUUCAGACUAAUUUUUGCUCCAAAACUGGACCCGGAGUUCUCCCCAACUAUGGGGAAGGGGCUUUACCAUAUUCCUACAAUCUGUGUGCGCCACACAUUCCUCAAAGACCUAGUUUAAAUUUCUCAAUAUAAAGCCUGAAAAUGCUCUACCACGAGAUCUUCUGUAUAAUGAAGCCUCUUGGCUUGAAAGUACCAGUAAUGACAAUCCCCAAAUUGCUUGUAAUUCAGUCAAUUUGCAACAGGUGAGUUACUUCAAAACCUUUUCCUCCCAUAAGUAUAAUUAGGUUUCGAUUCACUAUUUUAGAGGUCAAAAAUAUACAGGCUAAGUAUGCCCUGUUUUUUGUGGGGCUUUUCUUUUUGGUGUUUUAUUGAUUUUUCUGGACAUAGAAUGGGUAUGGGGAGGCUGUUAGAAAUUCUUUGUUCACUAAUCUGUGUUGCAGUUGUUCUUUCAUGGAAUGUCGCUUAGUGAUCUUGAAAUUUCUGUUAAUUCUAAAACAAUAUGUCCUGAAACAUUUUUAAUAUGCUAGUAUCUAUUCUCGUUGUAGGACAUAUUAUUUAUAUAUAAUCUAGACAAUUAAGUGGUUUACAUGGUUUCAGUGUAGUCAGUCCUAAACUAUGUUUUAUAUAUAAUAUAAAUAUAAGAAUACUUUUUCACUGUAGCCUAUAUAUUUUCACUUCCUUUGCAUGUUCUUGAGGGUAUAAACAAAUAUUGGCUAAAUUAGGGCAGUUCUUAAUCUAUAUGCUGAUAAAAAUAGGUAAUGACGUCUAAAAAUGGCAACUCUUGUGACCUAGUGGUGGAUUGGUUCCAAACAUGUUUGUGGUUGUUGGUACCCUUAUUGAAAAUGAGACAAAUAUAAAUGAUGGUGGAGUGUGGGUUUCAAGAUUUAUAGAAAAGUGUAAACGUAUCUGUGUUCUCCAGUGCCAUAAGAAAUGUCACAGAAAUAAGUGUCACUCCAGGGAACAUAUGAAAAAUUUCAAAAUACGCUAUUUUAUUCUUCCAAGUGCUUUUCAUUCUUGGGGAGAGAAAUAUUGAGUGUCAUCUAUGAAGAUUUAGCAGAAAUAAGAUCCUGUGUAUAAUGGUUUCCACGGAACCGUGCAGUAUUAAGUUAGGACUCUAAGCGUCGCUGUUCACCAACCGGGCAAGGGAAGCAGUGAGAACUCGAGUUAUAUCCUCAAAGCACAAAGCACAACUUACACCAAAGCUUUGCAGCUGCGCAGACAUUCUGUCCUAAAACGCUUCGCAUCUGAUCGCGGCUUGUUUAUGGACCUUGACCUCCAAUUCUGAGAAGCCCCAAAAUUGAUGCGAACCUGUUCACCCUACUCGUAAUCCCAGGGAAGUCCAGAACGAGCCAGUA